AAAAAAUUUUGUAUAUUGACGUGAGACGUCAUGUCAUAUGGCAUGAUUUUUCUGCGGUCUUCUAUUAAAAAAAAAAAAAUUUGACUUUCAGAACAGCAUCAAGUUCCUGCAUUUCAUAAAAGCGAUUUCGAAAUUCCUUUCCGUGUUCCGAUUUCGUAUCUGGCUUGAAGGAGAAGAAGAAGAAGCAGAUGCUUCCGCGGCACCUGAAUGGAGGAGAAAGACCCGUGGUUGGCCUCAGAUAAGGGCUACCACGUCCUCUUCUGCUUCAUUCUCACCAUUGCUUUCUCCACCCUCGCUACCCUCACCAGACAUCCCUUCCUCCGCCGUCACGCUGUUUUGAUCGGAUCAAUCGCUUCGCUCCUCGCAGGCGCCGCCAAAGAGGCCGCCGAUCAGCUUGGCUAUUUUCGCUCUGCCGGAGCUUCCUCUAGGGAUGCGGUUGCCGACGUAGUUGGGGUGUUGCUUGCUUCCUUCGUUCUUUCUGUGUUCAGAUGCUCGACACGACCCGACGCAGAGAGGAGUCAGGUUCGAGGGAUAUCGCUGGUUUGAUGGAGCCGAUCCGAAUUUUUGAUGCGAGAAAGUGUUCACAUUCUUUUUGUUGCAUUUUGGGAGGUGGUUUUAUUUGAAUGUUGAAGAAAAAAUAGGUGUUUUAGUUGCUGAUGGAUUUAGAGAAGAAUAGAGACUAGAGAGUGUAAAGGCAGACUAUUGUUCUUCAAUUCUGCAUUUGUAGGCAUUCCGACAAACUUGUGGUAAAUUGGAGACACACACAUUUAACACCAAGUUAAGCAUUUUCAAGGUCAGCAUUUUUGUCUUGAUGUUCUUUCUUUCCAAAUUUUCAUUUCCAAACAUCCGGAUGAUUCUUAUUGGAUUAUGAAUGUAAAAACUUAAAAUACUAUGUCCUCCUCUUUUGAUCCAUAUCGUGUAAUUUUUUCCUGCAUGAGUAAGUUGUCAAAUUUUCUCAUGCCUUGUAUGCCAUGACAAUUAUGUUGUCCUGCUUCUCUUCUGUAGAACUUAUGAUAUGUGAAGUAAGUGGAGUUAAAUAUGUUUUUUGCUGUUGGGACAUUGAACUAUGAAACAUAGUUGGCUUUGAUAUAUAUAUUUUUUUUUUGUUAUCUUUUUCUGAGUUCACCUGGUUGGAGAGUAUGGCAUGGUGAUCUAAUCAUGUUUUCUGAUUUAACUCCUAAGUAAAACUAUAGCAACUCUGUAUUGGCAGAAGAUGAACUAUUUUUAAAGUGAACGGUGAAGUUUAAAAUUCAAUUAGAAUGAGUUUAUUUAUAUAGUUCUAAACUAAAGAUAUGGUAUGAAAAAGGAAAUCAACUCCACUCAAUAUGCUGGAACCUUAACUGGAUAUCUUCAGUUGUAGAUUUCUGCUUGUUUAAUAAUUUCCUGAUUGAUGCUACUCUCUGUUGUCAAUCCUAUAUUCACUCUGAAUUUUAUCUGAAUGCAGUUAAGGUACUAUUUUCUUGUGGAUGAACUAGGCUGGGUUAUAAAGUUCAUCCUACAGAUGGACAUAUAUCUGAAUGCUAGAAUGAGAAGUUAUUAAAUUUCCUUGACAUCACUGCCUCUGCCUCUGUUCACUGUGGUCUUGAAUUGUUUAUAUACUUAGCCAAAGUCAAUACUUUGGACUUUCUUAUGAGAGUAAUAUCUCACUUGUCCUCAAAUUGAAUGGUAGUAUAUGGAUGCCCUUCUUUGAAUGGCUAUUCUAAGGUUUUUUCUCUCUGCUGAACUGGGUCCAAACGUAAAAAAUCCCAAGUUCUCUAGUUGCUUGUUUAAGGCAAGGCUCUCUAAAGUCAUAUACAAAUGCUUCCAAUAUAAUUAGUUUCAGGAAUAAUGGUUGCCUAUGUUUCUUAGAGUUUCCUUUUCCAUGACAAAUUAAAGAUCAAACCCUUGCAAAUUUUUAUUCUUGGGCUGAGAAUGAGAGUAGAAUGAGAUCGUUGAGUAUUAAACCUCUUUUCAAUUUCAAAUGUUGUCACAAGCAGAUAAAAAGGCACAUCUUUAAUAGCAGUUUUAUUGUAUCUGCUGUUGUAGAACUUCACUAACUAUAAGAUAGUUGCAACUCUAGCAUUUGGAAGCUCUGUUGACAUUUAUAAUAGAAACAAAGUUGAAAUGUUGAAAUGAGAACCAUAUUUAGACUAUGAAUAAAUAAUACUGCAGUUAAUAACCCAAGGGAUGAAGCGUUCUUGAUAACUCCAAAAUCAGCUUAGAGUUUCACAGAAAGGAACUCUAUUUGUGAUGAUUGAUGAAGAUGCAGAACUUUGCAGGAAAAAAAAAACACUUCACACGUACUUCUGUACUCUCUAAGUUCUAUCUCAUUUCCAAGGCCUAAUUGCACUGGAGGUGCUUGGUCUCUUAAAGAUCUUGUUGAAGCAAAUGGGUUGGAGAAGUAACAACCAUAUUAUUUGCCAGAAAGCACUGCAGGAAAAAGUAUGAUCUUGUGAAUACCAUCGCAUGAAUAUCUAAUUCCACAGUGAGGGUGACUAUGGUGUUAUCUGCUGCAUACCAGUUCCCUGCCAUACCUGUGACCUGCUGAUUUUGUAGCCAGAUUUGACACAAGCUUCAAAGUUACCUUAUAUUUUACAUUGCAUAAGCUCAUCACCUUGUUAGCUAUAUUGCAUUGGUACAAACAUAAAUAUUGUAUACAAAGUGUGCAGAUACUGACAUUUUCUUCUAACAUCUGUGAUACCAGAAAGGCUAGGUAUUUUAUAGAAUUUGGUUGUUCUGAAAGAUUUUUCAGUAUAUUUGAUAACAUGUCAUAAUCCAUGUGUAUUACUAAGUUGUUACUUAAUUUUGUUCCGCUCAAUGUGUUUUCUUGGAUAGAGAUGACUUACAUCUAUCUUACCAUUGUUGUGAAAAUUGCCAUAUUUCAUUUGGCGCAUGUGGUUGGAGAGAGUUGCAGGCUCUUUCAAUUUAAGGUUUCUGCUUAUGUUAAUUUCUGUGGAUAAAAGCUGUGUUUAUGUUUUCUUUAUGGUAAUUUGCUGAUGAUUUAAUUCUGUGGGAUAUGUCAAAUGUGCAAUGCACUUUGCAUGCAUGUUAUACCAACUGAUGCAUAUUGACUUAGAUAUAUAUUGCAUAGCUAAUAAUUGGAUGUACUGAGAAGUAUUUAUUUUUUGGUUGCUUUACACAACUUUUAUAUUAUGAACCACAAACAUCUUUCGGCUGAGUGCCUAAUAAGUGCAUGAAAUGCAGUCUCAUGACCAUGUGGAUGAUUCACUUUUUGAAGCUUCAGGGCAUUGAAGCCUCUCCUUGUUCACUAUCUUCUGGAAGCUUGACUGCAGUGUAGAUUCCUGCCCCACCAAGAGCUCCGAGUAUAGGAGCAAAGAGGUAGACCCAUAUGUCUUUGUAGUUUCUUGCAGCAAUAGCUGGACCAAGUGUUCUCACUGGGUUCAUUGAUCCUCCUGUUGAUGGCCUGUGAUACAUGAUUUAGCAAAUGCUUGAAUCAUUAAUCAAUAUAUAUUGUAUAGAAUCAAUAGGAAAUUUCACUAUCCAUAAACCAUGACCAAUGUGUUUAACCCAAGACUCUGUAUGUCAUAUUACGAAACAUGUCCAGUUAGUUUUUAACUUUUUAUUGUGUGGUCGUUUGUUGAAAUCUAUCUCAUGCGCUGUGAAGUAUGGAUAUUGGUAUGUGCAUGGUAUGCUGCACAAUGAUAGGUUCUGAAGUGUCUCUGAUGGAGCUGCUGAGUUGCUGAGACCUACAGGAGCAAAUUACAAAGAAACUGAUAGAAGGGGGCAAAACAAAAACUGCUGGGUCAAAAGAUUACACUAUGGGUCCUGGCCAAAAGGGAAAAGAAGUGACAUUAGGAGUAGGGAGUAGGGGAAGCUAAGGGUAAGGGCAGUGAUUUUGUAACUUUUUUGGGUUUUAAGUUCUCCAAUUCUGGCGAGAGAGGGAGUUAAAUGUUUUGGAAAGUGAAGUGAGUUUGGGAGAGUACUAGCCUCUGAAAAGUCUAGUGUAUUGGGGUGGAGGAAGAUUGUCUUGCUUCAUCAUUUUCUCUUUAUGUUUUAGUGUGUGUUGGUGAGUGGCUUAUGUUCUAGGUUAUUUUUCUGUGGUGUGUGUAUUUUGUACUGAUCCUUGUACUCUGUAACUUUAUUCAGUUUAGCGUAUGGGUGUAUGAGGGAGUUGGAGUUAGCUUGAAUCAUUAUCUUCCUUGUAAUCCUUUUUAUUAUUCAGCAAUAGUAUUUUCAGUCCAUUUUUAAUGCA